ACUUUGCAGCAUAACAAAAGAAAAAGAAAGAAAAAAAAAAGUUUGGUUCAUUCUUCUUCUUCUUCUUCAGAGAAGUACAAUCUCUAUAAAAUAUAUUUUUCAGACCAAAAUAUCAUCAUGCUAUAUUCACCAGCGAAGCUGUUCUGGCUCUUCCUCUCGUGCAUUGUGCUGUUUGUCAACUACAACAAUAGUGGCUUCGUGACCGCAGCAAAUAGCAUUGGCUUGAACUACGGCCUCCUCGGAAAUAACCUCCCGCCUCCGUCCACUGUUAUCAACCUUUUCAAGUCCUUAAACGUUACUAAAAUCCGAAUCUUCAACCCAAACACUGAGGUCCUCAACGCCUUACGCGGCCGCCGCGAAUUUCAAGUCAUGGUUGGCGUUAGGGACGAGGAAUUGGAUCAUCUCAAGUCCAACGAAGAAAAUGUAAGGGAAUGGUUCAAGAACAACAUCGAGCCUUAUUUGGCCGACGUCAACAUUGCGUUCAUUACUGUCGGUAAUGAAGUCAUCCCCGGAAACUACGGUGAUUUUGUGCUUCCAGUCAUGCGGUCUCUCACCAACCUCGUCAAGUCGAGGAAUCUUCCAAUCUCGAUAAGCACCGUGGUGGCCAUGAAAAACCUCGCUCAAUCAUACCCACCUUCUAACGGAACGUUUACUUCCUUAGGACGUAAACAACUUGUUCCCGUUCUGCAACUAUUGUCCCAAACAAGGACGCCCAUACUUGUGAACAUUUAUCCUUAUUUUGCUUACGCGGAAGACCCAAAAAGCAUCCGUCUCGACUAUGCCACCUUCGACGCUAGGACUGUCGUGGUCCAAGAUAGACAACUGGGAUAUUCGAACUUGUUUGAUGCCAUUUUUGACGCAUUUGUGUGGGCGAUGGAGAAGGAAGGAGUGAAAGGUUUACCCAUGGUGGUGUCCGAGACCGGAUGGCCAUCCGCCGGGAAUGGAAGCUUAACCACACCAGAUAUCGCGGGUACCUACAACAGAAAUUUUGUGCAGCAUAUAAGAAGUGGAAAAGGGACGCCUAAGAGGCCCAACAAUGGUAUGGACGGAUAUAUAUUUGCAACGUUCAACGAAAAUAAGAAACCGGCCGGGGUAGAACAAAAUUUUGGGUUGUACAAUCCUAGCGAUAUGAAGCCCAUCUACAAGCUAUUUUAAAUUGUGAAAGUUUCUUACACUUUCCGGAUUAACUACUAGUAAUGCCUACAUGUUUGUGAAUUUAAGUGAACUUAAGAAGUGAUACACAUGUUAUAAGCAACUGAAGUCUAUGAGAUGAUGAGAUCUCGUAGAGUACCUUAGUUGACUUUGUAACACAUCUAGCUGUGUUGUAUUUUAAAACCAGUCUUCCAGCUGGUUUAAUAAAUAAACGUACUCUGUAUCUUCAUCUAUA